AUGGAGGAGGAUCAAUCAGAUGCGAUGGAGGAAUCAUGUCCUGAACUAGAGGCGAUAUAUGCAGAUAUGGAAUUGAUGAAGGAGAGGUUCGCGAAGUUGUUGUUAGGUGAGGAUAUGUCUGGUGGAGGAAAAGGUGUUUCAUCGGCUUUGGCAUUGUCAAACGCCAUCACGAAUCUAGCAGCUUCUGUGUUUGGCGAAAUAUCACGUUUAGAACCGAUGCCACCUGAUGGAAAAGCAAGGUGGCGGAAAGAAAUCGAUUGGCUGUUAUCUGUCACUGAUCACAUUGUUGAAUUUGUGCCUUCCAAGCAAAAUACCAAUGGCAUAAUAAUGGAGAUAAUGGUUACAAGGCAACGAAGCGAUGUGCAUGUGAAUAUUCCUGCUCUAAAGAAGCUUGAUCUCAUGCUCAUGGAAUGUUUAGAUAAUUUUAAGGACCAGAAUGAAUUUACAUACGUUUCUAAAGAUGAUGCCGAAUCAAAAUCAAAGAAGAAAAGGGAAGAAGAUAAAUGGUGGUUACCGACUCCAAAGGUUCCCCCAACCGGUUUAUCUGAAGUUACAAGAAAAUGGUUGCAGUUUCAGAAAGACUCAGUUAACCAAGUACUCAAAGCAGCCAUGGCAAUGAAUGCUCACAUUCUUACAGAAAUGGAAAUCCCAGAAAGUUACAUCGAUGCACUCCCAAAGAAUGGCCGUGCAAGCCUGGGAGAUUCGAUCUAUAAAAAUAUUACGGUUGAUCACUUUGAUCCAGACCAUUUCCUUUCAGCCAUGGACUUAUCUUCAGAGCAUAAAAUUGUUGAUCUCAAGAAUAGAAUUGAGGCAUCUGUUGUGAUCUGGAGGAGGAAGAUGACCAAUAAAGAUGGAAAGUCCGGAUGGGGGUCGGGUGUGAGUUUGGAGAAGAGAGAGCAAUUUGAAGAUAGAGCAGAGACGAUAUUACUUAUACUCAAACAUCGUUAUCCUGGUAUCCCUCAAUCUUCAUUAGACAUCAGCAAAAUCGAACACAAUCGAGAUGUUGGCCACGCUAUUCUCGAGAGCUAUUCAAGAAUACUAGAAAGUUUGGCGCACAAAGUAAUGUCACGCAUCGAAGACGUAAUGCACGCAGACAAUCUCGCACAGAACCCAUCAGGAGAUGCAAAACGAAACCCUCUUAAAGACGCAGCAUUAAGGGCAUCCGGGAAAUUCCCGAACGCAAAAGAAGAGUUAGAAAAACUCAACCGUUCAGAAGCCCCAACGUCAAUGACAUUAUCCGAUUUCAUGGGUUGGUCUAUGGAUCAAGAAAAAGAAUCGAGAGACGAGUUAUCAAAUGGCAACGAUUCAGAGCCACCGUUGGCAAAACAACCAUCGGCUACGAACAGCAAGAAGCUUUCGUAUCUAGAGAAGCUCGACAGCGGGAGAAGUCCGAUGGCACGUCAGUAA